AUGUCCUCAAAUCGUCCGCCCCAGCUGCAUCUUGCGUUGCCCACAAACACCACAUCCUUCAAGCGUUCCUUUGAACAGUUUGGCUUUGACCUUGAAAGCCCUUUGAGUCAGGCGGAACCUGGAAGCAGCAGCAGUGGGACCUUGGGGUCAAGUGGCGAUGGCCAUGAACGCAGCAAGCGGCCACGGAGUGAGUCAAGUCUAUCAGAUGUGGCAGAGUCGUCCUCUGCCUCCUCACAAGCCUCCGAGAGCGGGAAUUUAUCGGACGGAACGUUGACAUCAGGCAGUGAACUCGAAGCGCCCUCCAUCCCAGCGGACCCCCCACGCCUGCCUACCCCAGAACUUGAGGACGUCGAAAUGGCAUACUAUUUACCCACAGAGGAACCUUCCUACACAAGCGCACCCCCUGCUGCCUCCCCCCAGCACUCACCCCAGCACUCACCCCAGCACGACGAGCAAUACAGAGCCAUCUUAGAUCGCUUCAAUGCUUUUGACAGUGAAAUAAACGUCUUGCGUGUUGGCAUCUCCGAAACAGCACAGACGACCCGUUCAUCUUCGCCGCCUCCCUCGCUUCCCCCACUUGCUCUUCCCUCUUCAGAUCCCGAGACACACAACGCUGCAACAAGCGCGCCACCAAGAAUUGACUUUGCACGGCCCAUAACACCGCCGAUGUUCUGGCAGCACGUGGACCCUACCGCUGAACGAGAUCCGUCGUUUCAAGAGCGGCUAGAUGAAGCUCUUCAUGCGUUACGAUCUUCACCGCCCCUGGCCGAUGUAGAAGCGUUCGUAAGUGGGACCGAGCAAGAACGUCGGCAUCAACCACAAGAUUGGCCAUCAUAUGGCGAUACAUCUUCAAGGGAGGCCCGAACACGAACUUCCUCCUUGGUCUCGGACUGGGUGAAUCGCGACAGGGAUUACGACGCCCGACGGGCGCCAAGACUCUCGACGAACGCCGGUCAGCUCUCACCUUUUCGCCUGGAUUUUGAUGUCGAUGAUACAGCCAACCAACCUACUACCUUUCAUGUUGGGACUAUCGUAGCUAAUUCUACAAGAUGGGCUCCAACCGACGAUGUAGACGACAGUGACCCGCCUCGUAGCAGACCUCUGAUUGCACAGCCGCACGUUCCCCCGCCAUUGCCACCAAUGGCGACAGGGCAACGGCUCCGCCACCGCAGGCCGCCACCUGCGUCAAGCUCUAACUCGCUUGUUUCUGAAAAUGCGGCUGCCCUACGAAGGGAUAUAGCUCGUCUUGAGAUCCUCAACAACAUGAACUCCCAGUCUACGCCAGAGUCAUCUGACGAUACCUCAGGGUUUUUAUUCUUGCCGUAUCACGGCGACGCUACAAGAUCCCUCCGCAGACCACCGGCAUGGUCUUCAUCAACUUUCGUUCCUUCUGUACAACGUGAUCGCGAAGCGCCGUCGGUGAACGAUUAUCGAAGCAGCAGAACACAGGAGAUUCUACGGUUGAGGGCACAAGCUGAAGAUGAACGACGAGCCUUCAAUGUUUCACCGCCAAUUCCCAUCUCUCCCGGGUUGAACCACCUGAUGCCGGACGACGGGAUUCCCUCGAGGGAACCCCCUUCUUUGCCCUCGCCGGACCUGGGCCCGGUGCUUUCUCCCAUUUUGGAUAUUGAUAACGACCCUGUUUACGACAUCUCGAGACCAACGCCCUCAAGGUCCUCCGUGAGCAUCAAUCGAGCAACACCUCCAAUAAGUGCUCCACUGCAGGCAGAAUUUCAAUAUCUUGCCCCUCUUUCCCGGCCUCUGCAUAUGCCGAACGAUACACGCUCAGCCCAACACGGCGACUUUCGUGACCUCGUGGACGAACUUACCAGACGGCGUCCAGCAUUUAGGGCUAUAAACCCAGACGAUUACCGUCCAGGCAUAUUCAGGACUACUCUCCAGCGAUACGCAGAACUCGAUCGCUUGCGAAAUCCUCCACCACAAGCAUCUCCGCCCUCGCUUCCCCCCUUGGGAUUUGAGUGGGAGCGAGAAUCAUCUCAGGGAAAUGCUCGAACCCAAUUGUCCCAUGAUACGGCCACGCGGCCUGCGGCUGACGGUCCAACGCAGCACUCUAUUUCCGUGUCCGCGGAGGACGACUACCUCUGGCGCUUUCCAGGGCUGAAUCCUACACGAAAUGAUGAGUCUGGUGUGAGGUAUGUCGCUGCACCCUGGGCCGCUUCCCAAAGGCGACGGCCACCUCCCAUUGCCAUCCCCGAUCGGCAUUUCCAUGCUCCGGGCGUUCCCAAUGUCCUUGAUCAUGUCCCUCCUCACCAACGCCAUGCUCGAAGUAGCAGUGAUGUUCACGAACAUCUAUCUCGCCAUGCCCGCUUUGAAGGUGCCCGCAUUCCCCUCGAACAAGCCCAACACCCACGACACAAUUACCCAGCUCCUACGCGCGGCGCAGAAGAGGGGUUGUCGAUUGCCAUUGAAGUAAUGCAGCACGAUGGGCUGAGUGUGUCACGAUCACAUCAGUUUAUGCGGCAGCAUCAACGCGAACGGGAAGCAGAACGGACAAGGAUUCACGCCAACGCGUCGACAACACGUACACCUGAUCCACCAUUUGGGGAUUACGCCCCCAAUGACGUUGAAGAUAUCACGUCAAGAUCGUACCGCUCGAGGCCAAUGGGACGCCGGUAUGAGUGGAGUACGGUCGACGUGCUAGACCCUUCGUCGGCCCAGAAUUCGGAUGCAAACGCUGACUCUAAUGUUUCCGCCCCUUCAGACAGGGAGCCACACCGCCUCCGGACGCGAGCUGCGCGUGGUCGCAUACCAGCCAAUCAUACCAUGGGGUUCAUGUUUGGCCCAAGCGGCGUCCACGAUUUCAGUGCACGCGCGCAUAGACGGGGCAGGCCAGCUGGUGACUACAUGAGAGAUGAGGACCUCGAUACUUCUUAUGAAGGGUUGCUGAGUCUCGCAGCGACACUGGGCGAUGCUAAACCCAAGAGCACUCCAGAACAUGUUGUUGCUGGUUUGCCUACAGGUUUUUACAAAGACUGGGCCACAUCUGAUAGCGACCAUCGCUGUCCUAUCUGUCUUGACGAUUACAAACCCUUGGACCCCGUUCUUAAACUCCCGGCAUGUAACCACUGGCUGCACAAAGCUUGUUUGGAGCAAUGGCUUCGAGGCGCCAAUACUUGCCCCGUUUGUCGCAAUACUGUCAAGACCUCUCGGCCACCUGCGCCUGGAGGUCAACAUGGACAUUCCCGGACAGGCUCAGAACCCGACGCAAGGACCGGCCGUACAUUUGACAGGGACCAGCUCACCGCUCUUCGAGCAAGGCGAGCUUGGCUGACGGUUGAUGGCCCAACCCAAAGCCCAGAUACAGGGCCUUCAAACACCCAGCAACACCGCCUAGCUACAAGGCAGCGCGAAGCCCUCAGGAUCGUUCCUCAACGGCGAGAGCCACCCCCUCUCUUACCGAUCACAGGAGCUGCCGCCGACAUUGACGUCUGGGAUACCUAUCGCUUGCCCAUGAUGAGUUCUCGGAUUAAUAGGCCGCCUCCGUCAUGGGGUGCCCUUUCCGACCGCACACGUGAAGGUGAACGACGAAACACAAAUAGAGGGUCAGAGUCACCACCUCAACCGCGUGGGCCUCGCUCUCGUCUUGGGAACCGUAGUGACGACGAUCCUAGGCCCUUUCAAUGGUACUGA